UUUCAUCAAGUUAAAUUACACAAGCACGAAUGGCUACGACAAGAAAGGAAAUACUAGUUCUCUUUUUAAUUCUUCUUCAAAUAACCAAACCAACAUUAUCGCAAGACAGCGGAGAUGAUACCACCAUCUUUAGAUUACCAAAAGACUUGGUACCAGAAAAUUACGACCUGUUCCUGCAUAUCGAACCAGCAAAUGAUGAUUUUAGCGGAACAGUGAACAUUACCUUCCACUUGGUUAAUGAAUCCUCCGUUGUCGAAGACAUUUAUUUCCAUGCUGAUCCAAAAUUCGUCACAAUAACAUAUCUAACUGUAAAUGGUGACACUAACUGUACGUAUGAGAGUCUAGAUAACUACAUUGUGAAAUGUUCUUGUGGUAAUAUAAUGGAAGGAAGCAAUUUUCUCUACAUUGAAUAUGAAGGUAAAUAUUCUCAAACUGAUGGACGUGGUUUGGUUAAAACAAGUUAUACGGAUAAUGGCAAGAAGCAAUAUUUGAUCGAAUCAUAUUUUGAACCAACUUUCGCGAGGAGAGCUUUCCCUUGCUUUGACGAACCGGAUUUUAAAGCUACUUUUUCUAUCAAAAUAAUAAAUCCGGUUAGUUAUACUAUGCCUGUGAGCAACAGUAUUCCUCAAGAUUACAUUAUUAACAUGGAAAAUCUGACAGUCACCUUUCAACCGACUCCAAAAAUAUCGACAUACUUAGUCUCAAUUUUUGUUUCUAACUUUGAAGAAACAUCAUUUUCUUAUGCAGACGACGAAGAAUAUACUUUCAAAUUUUUGACACGGUCUGGUUUUGAAGAUUUAACAUCUAAAGUUGCUGGAACCCACUAUGGUCAAAUCAUGGAUGCAUUGAGUAACUUCACUGGACAAUCUUUCCAGGAUAUAGGCGACACUGAAUGCUAUCAAGUUGCUGUACCCGAUUAUUUUUCCGAAGAUAUGGGGAAUUUUGGACUUUUUGUCUACAAAGAAAGAGAUCUGUUAGAUGAAGGCGAUAAAACUACUGUCAAGGUUACUCAAAACAUACUGCAAGCUAUGACAUAUAAGAUAAGUCACGAAUGGUUUGGAGGAGAAGUUUCGACCACGUGGUGGUCAGACUUUUGGGCAAACGAAGCUGUUCCGAUGUAUUUUAAAUAUAUUAUUCCGAAUAAGAUUGAUGAGGGAUUCGAAUUUACAAACCAAUUUGUAGUGGACGUAGUUCAAAAAGCAAUGCAGUACGAUGCCAUGCCUUUCGUAGAACCGCUUUCUUCUGAUGAGUCAGAUAUUACCAACGAAUGGGGAAUUGAAAAUAAAUUGGAUAAACACAGUUUACUGNAGAUACACUACGGCAUAGUAGCUACAUUUACAUUUUGUACACUUUUCAACGACUUGAAACAAUGGGAGCUAAAAACUGGUUCAGGUACGGAUGGCUUGAACAUGCUAGAAGAUUUAACUAAAGCCGAUACUAUACAAGAUUUGUAUUCAGCUGCCCAGUCCUGGGCCUUCACUGCUGGAUUCCCAUUGUUAAGUGUCAAAAUAGAUACAUCCACUGACGAGAAAGAGACUCUGGCAUUUUCACAAAAGCGUUUUGUUUAUCCCACGGACAACACCACAACUUUUAGCGACGACAUAAAAUGGACUAUUCCAGUAAGCUAUACCACUUCCAGUACCAAAUAUUUUGAAAUGGGUAUUAACGUAUAUUAUGCUCCAAACAUAGAAUUAUAUGUCGACAUACAUAAAGACAAUUGGGUUCUGUUCAAUAUCCAAGGCAGAUUCCAUUACAGAGUGAACUACGAGGAAGAAUUAUGGAGAAGAAUUAUCAACGCUUUUCAAGACGAGACUGAGAGGACAGAGAUUCAUUCCCUAAGCAGAGCACAGGUGAUUGACGACGUAUUUAACAUUGCUAGAAUAGGAGAGGUAGAUUAUUCCUUAGCGUUUAAAUUGGCAGAUACUCUCGUCUACGAAACUGAUUAUUAUCCCUGGUAUUCUGCGUUCAAUGCAUUUUCAUACCUUUUAGGGAAGAUGAAGGAUGAAGAUGUUGAAGAAAGAUUGAAGAUGUACAUUCUAAGUCUAAUGGAAAAUGUUAUCUACAUUCCGGACCAUGAGUUAGCUACUCAAGAAAAUGAAACACAAAUAGAUGUAUUGAAAAAUGUCAUGAUAAUCGAAUGGGCUUGCAAGUUGGGUCAUUCAGAAUGUAUCAGUUUUGCCACUGAACAGUUUGCCAAUUUCAAAGAGAAUCAGACAAGUAUGAUGGACUACAAUCUAAGACCAGUCAUACUUUGUAACGGUAUAAGGUAUAGUGAAAACGUCACUCAAGACUGGAAGUUCCUAUGGUCAGUAUUCGAGUCAUCAACAUCGGUGCAUGAGCAGUAUGAUAUUUUACAGGCACUUGGAUGUGCUGAAGAUAAAGAGACUCUUAAGGAUUACAUUAUAAGGCUUGCUGUACCCAUCAUUUCUGCAUAUUUCAAGAGACAAGACACUAUGGUUGUAUUCGGGUCAGUCUUAUCAAAUUCCGCGGGAAUCGAGGCAGCUNUAUUAUUAUUUAUUAAUAUUAUUUUUCAAUCUCAUUUAAUUAGAAACUCAGUUCCAAUUUUUGUUAUUUUGUAUUACCUUAUAAAGCUUGGUGUACCCAUCAUUACUGCAUAUUUCAAGAGACAAGACACUAUGGUUGUAUUCGGGUCAGUCUUAUCAAAUUCUGCGGGAAUCGAGGCAGCUACGUCGUUUUUAGGGAGCAGUAUUGCAUAUAUACAAUUCAUUUUCAACGGUAAUCUGAACGAAGUAUAUUAUCUAUCAGACAUGAUAUUGGCUCUUGCUGAAAAAUUAACUACUGAUGAGCAGCUGCAACAAGAUACUCUUUCUAGUCACGACGUUCUCAGUGGCUACGAAGACCUUAGAGUAAAAGUUGAAACAUUAGCCAAAGUUAAUAUUUAUUGGGCGAAACAGUAUCAAGAUGUUAUUGAAGGAAUACUUCCCGAGAUUGUA